AUGAUGCUCGGUUUGGAAGAAGUCCCUGCCACAAAGCUGUACCACAUGCCGCCCUACGCGGACUCCGGCACCUUUGGAUUUGUGGACGAACAGAACGGUGCUGUCUCGAAUCUUCAGGAAGAUGCCAGCUACUACGCACCAGCAAAUCAUGAAGCAAACUCGACGCUUUUGUCACAAAGUAUAAAAGCCUCCUCUUCGACGGCUGAAGCCUGGCUCAACGGCACGGCGGAUGUCCCCAAGAAGAGUGAGGUGGCUGUGGGCAACCCUCAGCGCAAUCAGACGCAAGCGAUGGCAGGGCGGAUUGCCUUGCUCGCAACUUCACCGAAUGGGCCAGUCAGCUACGCACCGCUGCCAAUAGAAGGUUCGAAUCUCGUUGCGCCUCCAGGGCUGCCGAAGUCGAAAGGUUCGAACAAGGCCCGGACGCCGCUUCCACCGCCACCGCCGCCGCCGCAACCACCGCAAUUGCCGAACACUCCUUACAAACAGCUGCAAGCAAUACCAACGAUCGCGAGCCACCCUCACGUGGAGGUCAUUUCCCCGCAGCCUCCGGUGAAUCAAUUUCAUGAUCUUUUGAGGCCAGUGCCAGUGGCCCGCGAUGACUUAGCAGCUCAGAAACGUAUCAACAAGGAACUGCUCGAUGCUUCGAAGGAGAACAGCCCCUUCAGGAUUCUCGAGGUGGUUCUACCGUACUUGGAGGAUUUGAACGGAGUGAACUUGUCGACGACCGUCCAUCGUGUCGCCCGCUCCUGCAACGGCUCGAGUAAGUUGGCCGAGCAGAUCAAGCGGACGCAGGCCUUUUCCCGAAUGCUGGAUCAUGCGGAAGCCAUGGUACAGUCAGAGAUCGAGAAUGUGGACGGCUCGAUGCCUGUGAACUGCGGGUCGAUUAUGGCCUGGUCAUGUGCCAGCCUGAAAGUCUUCCGCCCAAAUCUCUUCAAGGCCUUGGCCGGUGUCGGUGCCAGGGGGUUGCGCAAAUGUCAAACUUACGAGGUCACCAACAUGCUGUGGGCUUUCGCUGAGUUGUGCAAGCACCAGCCGCGCAUCGCCAUGUCGAUCGAAGAGGAACUACGCAAACUCUCCGUCUCGGCAUCGGAAGUCAUCUUGCGCAGAGGAAAAGGAGCCUGGAAGAUUCAGGUGAUGAUCUCAGCGCUAGCUUCGUGGUCGAUGUUUCCGACGCAGGUGCGGCUUAUGGAGGAAGUCUUUACAGAUUUGGUACAGGAUAUGCCAAGUCCGGACACAUUGCUAUCAGAGAUCGUGCAAAACAUAAAGUACGACGGCGUCGCAGCUGCAGCAUUCGAUGUGAAGUUGCCACCUGCCGAGUGA